UCUUAGACGCUCAUCUGGGAAAAUACAGUGGGGCUAUGGGUUUCCAUUCGACGCUUGUGCAAGUCACCUGGGUUGGUGUGAUGUUAACAACAAUAAUGGCCGCAGCCGCAGCAAUGGCAUAUCCAUUAGCCUUGCCUAACUGCUCCGAUAGCUGUGGGGAUGUAAAAAUUCCAUAUCCCUUUGGCACAACUGAAGGUUGUUACCGGAAUGAAAGUAGAGACUACUUUUUUAUCAACUGUAGCAACUCGUACGGCCAACCUCAACCAAUGAUCGGAAGCCUCAACGUUAGAAACAUUUCCAUCGAAGGAGAGAUUGACAUCAUGAUGUAUAGCUCCAUUAACUGUUACAACCAGUCAGGUACGCCUCUGCCAAAUAACACGAAACCGUGGCUCCGGGUCCCUAGUACUUUCACAGUUUCUGUCACCAAAAACAAGUUCGUGGCAGUUGGCUGUGACACUUACGCAUACCUCAAUGGUGUUCUCAACGGUGAACAGUUUUCCAUCGGCUGCCUGUCCAAAUGUACUAACAACACACACAAUAUAGUAGAUGGAACUUGCUCUGGGAUUGGGUGUUGCCAGAUAGAUAUUCCUACAGGUUUGAGAAAUAUUAAUUUUGCAGCAUAUAGCUUUAAUGGCCACAAAGAGGUCUGGUCUGUCAAUCCAUGCAGCUUUGCCUUUAUUAUCCAAAGAGACGAGUUCAGUUUCUCCUCAGCUUAUCUAACCAGUCUACAAAACAAUAGAACCCUUCCAAUGGUUCUUGAUUGGGCAAUCGGUAAUGACACAUGUGAAGUUGCUCUGAACAAAGGGAAUUACAUAUGUGGAGCAAAUAGCAAUUGUUCUAAUCGCACCAACGGUUCUGGGUACCGUUGCAAUUGCAAGGAAGGUUACGAGGGGAACCCAUACCUCAAAGAGGGUUGCCAAGACAUUAACGAAUGUGUUUUUAAAGACCUCAAUGACUGCAAAAGCAAUCAAGAUUGUUUUAAUGAACCCGGAAGUUAUCAUUGCUCGUGCAUCGGAGGAUACCAUGCGGACGGUGAGGCAUGUGUAGCUGAUCAACCUGCUCCUAAAUCAUCACUUGCAAUUAACCUCUCAAUUGGUGUUGGCAUAGGCUUGAUAGUCAUGUUUAUCUGCUGCUCUUGGCUGUACUUGAUAAUUAAGAAAAGAAAUCUUAUCAAACUUAAAGAAAAGUUCUUCAAGCAAAAUGGUGGGAUAGUGUUACAACACCAACUUUCUAGACAAGAAAAUUCAACUGAAACUGCCAAAAUCUUUACCAUAGAAGAGCUUAAGAAGGCAACCAAUAAUUAUGACGAAACUCUAAUCAUUGGUCAGGGAGGGUUUGGUACUGUUUAUAAAGGGCUUUUAUCAGAUGAUCGUAUUGUGGCCAUCAAGAAAUCCAAAAUGGUAGAUCAAAGCCAAAUUGAGCAAUUCAUCAACGAGGUAGUUGUACUUUCCCAAAUUAAUCAUAGGAAUGUGGUUAAACUAUUGGGUUGUUGUUUGGAGACAUCAGUUCCUUUAUUGGUCUACGAAUUCGUAGCUAAUGGCACCCUUUUUGAGUACAUACAUAAUGAAAGCAAGGUGUCCACUUUAUCAUGGGAAGUUUGUCUUAGGAUAGCUACAGAAACAGCGGAAGCACUAUCAUAUUUGCACUCUGCAGCUUCUACACCUAUAAUCCAUAGAGAUGUCAAGUCUUCAAACAUUUUGCUUGAUAGUAAUUACACAGCAAAGGUAUCAGAUUUUGGAGCUUCGAGAUUGAUCCCACUAGACCAAACAGAAGUAGCAACAAUGGUGCAAGGAACUAUUGGAUACCUAGACCCAGAAUACUUGCACACAAGUCAACUGACUGAGAAAAGUGAUGUUUAUAGCUUUGGAGUGGUCCUUGUAGAGCUAUUGACAGGGAGAAAGGCACUUUCAUUUGAUAAGCCCGAGAUGGAGAGAAGUCUAGUUACAUAUUUUCUCCUUUCUUUGAAAGAGAAUAGAUUGUUUGAAGUUCUUGGGAAACAUAUAGCAAAAGAAGGCAAUGCCGAGCAAUUGAAGGAAGUGGCAAUUCUUGCAAAGAAGUGCCUAAAAUUGAAAGGGGAGGAUAGACCUACUAUGAAGGAAGUAGCAACAGAAUUGGAGGGUUUGCGAAAGAUGGAAAAGCAUUCAUGGGUCAAUUUUGAUUCGAACUCUGAUGAGAUUGAGCACUUGCUUGCUGAGACAUCAAAUUCUAGCAAUUAUGAUGUUAGGAAUAAAAGUAUUGGUGUAUAUGAUAGUGUUAAAGACCAUGUAAUAUUGGACUUUGAUAAUGGAAGAUAAUCUUAGAGGAUGAUAGCUUAUAUUUAGUAGUGGUAAUUUUGUAGUUUCUUGUAUUUACACUCAUCGAUGAUGUCCCUUUUGCUUUUUUCUUUUUUCAGAACUUUAUCCUAAACUAA